UCCCGUCAAGAUAGAAAUCCGGCAAUUCUCGUCCUUAUCAAGAAGAAGUCAUCCACGGCAAGGAAGGCGAAGAUGCGGAAGGGAUACCUGAAACAGGUACAGACGGCCUGGGAUCGCGUUGUGUCAUUCGGGAAAUUAGACCUUCCCCGAAAGUGGUCGGCCCGGCGCGCGAUACACUCGCGGAAGGUGUCCUUCACUGGACUCGCCGAUUUUGACGACCUCCUUAGAACGGUGCGCUUGCUAUCGCCCUAUACGUCUCCCGGUUAG